AUGUGUUUCAUCAUCAAUAUUGCCGUGUAUUUCCUCCUCCUCCCUCCUCAUGCCCUGUCCCUGUGGGCCUGCACACGCUCCUGCCCUCCCACUUGCACAUGCACUCAGGAGAAGAGUUGCAGUGUCCUGUGUGAUCAUGUCAACAUGAUGGACCUGCCCAAAGAGUUCCCCUGUGAGGCAUCCUCCAUCAACCUGGACAAGAACAGCCUCAAGUUUCUGUCUGAACGAGCAUUUGGCACACUGCCCUCACUCAAGACACUCUCACUUAAUCACAACAACAUCUCCUUCAUCACACCUGGAGCAUUUAAAGGGCUCCCCAACCUGGUUGAGCUCAAGAUGGCCCACAAUGAGUACAUCCGUUACUUGCACACUCGUACCUUCACAGCACUCAAACGUUUGGUGCGGCUGGAUCUUUCAGAUUGUAACCUGUUUAACAUGCCAGACCGCAUCUUCCUGGAGCAAAUCACCCUCAAGGAGCUCCUGUGUUUCCAAAACAACUUUCGUCGCGUUCCUGGUGCCAUACGGGGAAUGGAAAACCUCACGCAUGUUUACUUGGAGCGUAACAAGAUCGAAGCAGUGGCUUACAACUCAUUGUUGGGCCUAACCAGCCUCAAGUACCUCAACUUGCAAGAGAAUCGCAUAAAUGUAAUACAUGAUGAGGCCUUCAAAGAUCUAAUCCGUCUGGAGAACUUCUACCUAAAUGAUAAUCUCUUGGUUGACUUGCCUCAGCAGGCUUUUAAGGGUCUAAGCAAUUUGAAAAUGUUGAAUCUUGGUGGCAAUCUUUUGACCAAUGUCUCCAAAACAUGGUUCAGUGACCUGGUGGAGCUGGAGGUGCUGUACCUGGAUCGAAACCGCCUAUCCUAUAUCGAGGAUGGUUCCUUUGAGAACUUGACAAGCCUCAUCACGCUGCACCUCAACAGCAACAAUCUGACAUCUCUGCCCUUCUCCGUCUUCCAGCCCAUCUACUUCAUCGGCCGUCUAUAUCUUUUUCGAAACCCCUGGGAGUGUACCUGCGACUUGGAGUGGUUGAGGGAGUGGAUGGAGAGCUACAAGUUGGUGAGGGACAUCCCUUGCGCGUCCCCAUCCUCAGUAGCUGGCUUGGACCUGAGCGAAGUUGUUUUUGCUCACUUGAACAGCACCUGUCUGGAUCCCCCAGAGCUCAACCUGACCACAUCUCUUCCUGACUACCCCACCGUGGAGAACAAGUUCAACAGUCUCAUCUCCAAACUGCUACAGCAAGAACUGAGGGAGGAGAUGGUCAACAUCACUGACAAUCUGAGGAAUGGCACACAGCAGGACCCUGCUGAGAGUCAGGUUUCUUCUGCACAUGGACUGUUCGGUGCUUCUCAGACUGUGUUUCUGCUUGUGGUUCUUUUCCAAGCCCAGUUUGACUGCAUUAAUGCCUCUUGAGAUUCUAAUGAAUACCAAAAGGGGUUGAAGCGCAUCCAAGAGUGGAAGUAAUUUCCCAGUAGUUUGGAUGGGAAUGGAUUUAAGCCUGUGGUGAAACGUUUGAUGUGUCUUGCCAUGAGUAGAGUGUUUUCUCAUGUUGAAAAUGCAAUUCUGGCACACACGGAGCUGGAGAUGAAUGUCUCUUUAAAUGAAUGGAAACUGGUCUUGAAGAGAAGAAUGUUAACCAGUGAUUGUCUACAAGACUAAGUCUGGACAAUAGUGUAAGGAUUGUUGACAGUAUGUAAAGGCCA